AUGUGGACAACCCUGGAGCAUGUACCAGCGCUGGCUGCAACCUUCAUUGUCUUUCAGAAACAUACCAUACACGUUGUCAAGCGUGCUGCCAAGCGACUGCGAAAACCCUCCAGUGCCAUCUUGUUCCUCCAUAUCAUCAUCCCAAACAUCGAGAUCCUAUACUACUGGGUCUCGAUCCUCAAGGAUGGGCAGCACGCCAACCCCACGUAUGUUGAUUUCUCGGUGAUGGCUUUCCACUCAUGGACGAGCCAUUAUCUAGUCAAGGAAGGGCACUACGCUGGUCAUAAGAACAUUGCGCAGCCCGUUUUCCAUGCGCAGAUGCUGAUCCGGCUGGUUAUUUCCUUUUGCUCGGUCUUUCUUGGAUUCCCCGCUUUGCAUGCAGCAACGAUCAAGAUCAAUGCUGCGGCAUCCUACGCGAGGAUCCUGAUUUGGGCGGCGAGUCAGCUCAAGGCUCUGCCUACAUACAGAGACGUAUACACCGCGGUCAUGUUUAUUGGGAGUCUUUUGGCCAUGCACGACUCAGGCAUUGCGUAUGGGCCACAAAUCUUCAUUGGCUGCUGGGUUGGUGUAUACCUGCUGGAGUCGUGGGUGGCUAGGAAUAUAAGCACAGGGGAGACGAUGAUUCCAAAGCAGCACCCCUCACUGUCAGCACAUAUGAAAGACUGUGUAGCGAAAUUUCUCUACCAUGUCAAUUUCGUCAACCAGGGCGAACUGCAGAAACGGAGGAUGAUUAACGAUGAUAGGCCGAAGGAACAGAAUCGCCAGUUCUCCUACAAGAUUGAAUAA